AUGCGUACAGUUGGAUCAAUGGCUUCCUCACUUUGGGCAAGCAGCCAGCAACCGAAAGUAACUCUGAAGGUGACUCUGAAGGUGACUCUGAAGGUGACUCUGAAGGUGACUCUGGUGAAGGUGAAGGUGAAGAUGAAGGCAAAGCAGCUGAAGGUGAAGAUGAAGGUGAUGAAGGUGAAGCAGAUGAAGGUGAUGAAGGUGAAGCAGAUGAAGGCGAUGAAGGUGAAGCAGAGGACAGAGAACCAGGCUCAAACUCUGCUGUUGACAUGGUGA